AGUUCCUCUGCAGAAGGCAUCGGAGCAGGAAGCCAACGGAAUGGGCACCAAUUCAAGCAACGAUGAAUUCGACUUCAGCAAGUGGGACUUCCCAGCGGAGCGCAUCUGGCUGCACAAAUCGAAUGGUGAAAUCACCUUGAAGAUCGGCACUUUCCUGCCGCUGAUUGCCUUUGGUCUGUAUGGUAACAUCACCAUGGUCUACCUGAUAGCCGUCAAUCGCUCCUUGCGGUCGCCCACCAACCUGAUCAUUGCCAACAUGGCCGUGGCGGACCUGCUCACGCUGGCCAUCUGCCCGGCCAUGUUCAUGGUGAACGACUUCUAUCAGAACUACCAGUUGGGCGGCGUGGGCUGCAAGCUGGAGGGCUUCCUCGUGGUGGUGUUCCUCAUCACAGCCGUGCUCAAUCUGUCGGUGGUCAGCUACGAUCGCCUCACGGCCAUCGUGCUGCCCAUGGAGACGAGACUCACUGUGCGAGGAGCUCAAAUCGUGGUGGUCUGCACCUGGGUUCUGGGCAUCCUGUUGGCCUCUCCUCUGGCUCUGUAUCGAGCGUACAGGGUGCGGGUGUGGAAGAACUUCACGGAGCGUUAUUGCAAGGAGAACACCGUAGUGCUGCCCAAAUACUGGUAUGUGCUGAUUACCAUUCUGGUGUGGCUGCCACUGGGCAUCAUGCUCAUCUGCUACAUAGCCAUCUUCUAUAAGCUGGAUCGGUAUGAAAAACGAGUCCUGCGUCGCGAGAAUCCCCUAACAGUCAGCUACAAACGCAGCGUGGCCAAAACGCUCUUCAUCGUGGUCGUGGUUUUUGCAGUUCUCCGGCUGCCCUUCACCAUCCUCGUGGUUCUACGUGAGAAAUACUUUGCCGCGGAUGUCUCCGUGAGCAGUGGAAUGCAAAUCUUCUGGUACAUUUCACAGUACUUGAUGUUUCUCAAUGCCGCCGUCAAUCCGCUCAUCUAUGGUUUCAACAACGAGAACUUUAGGCGGGCCUACUAUCAAAUCUCCUGGGUUCGUCGGUGGCGAGCAGCUGGGAAAAUGAAGAAGGUUUCCAAAACAUCGAAACACUGCUGCUACUGCGCUUUCAUGAAAAAGGGCAAACGUAAGAUGGAGGAGCCACAGCAGCCAAAAAAUGUUGAGGAGGAUAUGAGCAAGGAUAUAUCCUCAGAGGAAGCCAUAGCCAGGACAACUGAGGGAAGUCGAGAUGAUGCCGCUGAUGUACUAUCCUCAGAAAUUGAGGCUGAUGGGUAUAUAUAGGAAAUUUUAAAUCCUAAGAUUUGAGUUUUCUAAAUCUUAUGAUACAUUUUAUAACAAUAUAAAUGAACAUACAUAUGAAUUAGCCUCAUAUCAGUUCCGAUAUACCCACCAAACUAAAGGGAACUCAAACAGCUGUCUUUAUCUCUGAAACCAGAGCUUUAAGAACCGUUUACAAAUCCACACUUGGU